AUGUGGAACAAGAAAUACGGGCUAUUGCAUCAGUGGGACGACUCUAAUGCAGUGAAAAAAUUACUUUGUAACAAAGAAGGUGGCAAACAAAGCAUCAAACUUCUCACAAACAAGUCAUACGAAAAGUGGGGCACUACAGCGCAGUGUAAAUUCACCCUCUACUCAAAAUCUUUUGCUACACGAGACAGCAAAGGUGACCUUAAAACACUUGAUGAUUUGUACAUAAAACCGCGUGGACCGAAUCCUUCUGGACAGUUUCACUCCUCUGUGAUUAGCGCGAACGGUAACAUCGAUGAAACGUAUGCACUCGCCAUUGAUCAGCUAAGACUUCUGAGAAAUUGGCGUUCUCAUUCUACCCGAGCAGAGAUGGAUAAGAAAACUUUUGAUCGGUUCGUUGAACUGGCUAAGGAUGCAUUUAAAGCUCUUUCGGUCAACACAGAUGACAUUGAUGCCAUUGUGAACGCGACCGGAAGUGCACACGCCGAGGAUCAAACUUGUGACAUGCGCAUUUUUUUUUUGACCCAUUUGUAUGGUUUUGACUUCCAAGUAUGGAAAUGGUAA